UUUUGGUUACGGUUUUGUUCGGUUUAGUUCGAGUUUAAAUUGGGAAGCGUGUUAACGACUGGAUGAGAAGCGUGUCACUUUCUCAACGAGUGUCUCAAAAUCUAACCGUUGGAUCAAUUCUUUUUGACGGUCAUCGUCUCGCCGGCGGUAUCAAACGGAAACAUGUCUCCCUGUAAGUUUCUCCGCCGCGUACGACUGGGGAAUUGGCGCGAUUCUGGGGAUCCUCUUGUACAAGUUAGUUUCGUAUCUUUUGUUACUGAAGGAUUCGAAGGUCAGCGACGACAUUGCUCUUGUGAUGAUUCAGCUACACGAAAACAAAGCUAUUAGAGUCUACAUCAGUGGAGGAGAAUAUUCCAAUGGAAGGGUAUUAGAGCUGAUGAAGGUAUUAGUGCUCUAUGGCUAAAGUUCGUUGUCACGGGUCCCCUGUGAUAGUAGAAUAUGGAGUCAAGUUGGGAUAUUUAAUUAUGGAGAAAGGCUGAUAUUUUCCACAUGUGUCGUCACUGAUGAAGUUGUGGUUUUAUAUUAAACAAUGACCACUUUCACAAGAAAACAACAUGAUUGGUUGCUUCUGAGUUCAGUUCAACUUCAAAAGAGAGUUUCUGAGAAUCCAGAUAUCAAAAAUCUGUAAUGAGAGAAACAGGAGAAGAGAAAGUGGCGUGGAGGUAUUUUACCAGAGAUGUUGUGCCGUUUGCUGCUAUGUUUGCCGUGGAGUGUACCACGGUUGGGUCGAACACACUGUACAAGGCUGCAAGUUUAAGAGGAUUGAGCUUCUAUGUCUUUGUCUUCUACUCUUAUGUUGUUUCAACAAUUCUCCUUCUUCCACUUUCCUUGGUCUUUGGAAGGUCAAGAAAAUUACCUUCAGCCAAGUCUCCUCUCUUUUUCAAGAUUUUCUUACUUGGGCUUGUUGGGUUUAUGUCGCAGAUCGCUGGUUGUAAAGGUAUUGAAUAUAGCUCCCCAACUCUUGCCUCUGCUAUCAGCAAUCUGACACCAGCUUUCACAUUCACACUCGCCGUUAUCUUCAGGAUGGAAAGAGUAAUGUUAAGUAGCUCUGCUACUCAGGCUAAAAUCAUUGGUGCAAUAGUAUCAAUAUCUGGUGCUCUGGUCAUUGUGCUAUAUAAAGGCCCAAAAGUUCUUGCUGCUGCAUCUUUUACACCUUCAUCACCUACCAUUUCGUUUCACCAUCCGUUGACUUCAGUAGAGUCUAGCUGGAUACUCGGAGGACUCUUGCUUGCUUCACAGUAUUUUCUUAUAUCGGUCUGGUAUAUUAUACAGACUCGGGUCAUGGAGGUAUACCAUGAAGAAAUAACUGUAGUCUUCUUCUACAACUUAUUUGCAUUGCUAAUCUCAACACCAGUAUGUCUAUUUGCGGAAAGUAACUUGACUUCUUGGGUACUUAAACCGGAUAUUACCCUCACUUCAAUCAUAUACACGGGAGUUUUCAUUUCAUUAUUCAGCGCACUUACCCACACAUGGGGUCUGCAUCUGAAGGGUCCAGUGUACAUAUCCUUGUUCCGGCCAUUGUCUAUUGCAAUUGCAGUCGUCAUGGGUGCUAUAUUCCUCGGCGAUGCGCUUCACCUUGGGAGUGUCAUUGGAUCAAUAAUAUUGUGCUUUGGAUUCUACACUGUGAUUUGGGGGAAAGCAAGAGAGGAUAGAAUCAAAACUGUAGCUGGUUCUGAGCAGUCACCUUUGCUGCUUACACACAUCAUAGAAGAUGAAGCCUUUCCAUUAAGAUAGGAUUGGUGCAAGUGAAAUGCUUAUGCUAUUCAUUAAUAAAUAUGGAACCGUAAAACUGUUGGUCCUGUAUGUUUAUAACUUUAACGAUGUAUAUAGUUAAAAGUAUAAGAUAUAUCUGUUCUUUUUCCUUGUGUCUAUGUUUGAGGGUACAUAUGAUUUCUUCA